UCCUUUCUCCUUUUUUAAUCAAAUUAAUUUUUAUGAUUAACAAACAAAUAUCAACAAACAAAAGAUGAAUAGUCACAAAGAACAAGCAUACAUACAAACUAUUUACAUUGCCAGGAAUCCCCAGCUAGUUAGUUCCUGGUUGUGGCUAGAAACAUCUAGCCUGGCUAAUGAUGAGCAACCCAAUAUACCAGCCUGGUCUCACUAGACGUAACGUAGUAAAGAUAUCUCCAGGACACUCAUUAGUAGAUAUGUUACAUGUGGUAUGGUUACUGAAGACAGAUGGUUACUUAAGGCAAAAACUAAAAGAUGGUGGUUGGUAGGGGUGACGUAUAACUCGAAUGUCUAGCAACCCAAAUGUUGCCUGUUCGAAUCUCAUGAGUUCCUAUCAAAGUAAGUGCCUUAUUUUCUGUAUAUCGUGUUGUUUCUAUUGUAGCAUAUGUAUGUAUGUAUGGAGCAUAAUGUAUUUACAGUUUUAUUAACAUGUUUUUAAGUACUGGUGUCAAAUAAUGCAUUCUGAUUAUUGCAUAGACUGUAAUGGACACCUAUGAUGUGUGUAAAAUAUUUUUUUAAAGGUUGUACUGAUUACAAUGAGCUAAUGCUAAGCUAUUUGCCAGCCAUGUGUGGCGCCAUCUUUGUUGACAUUAUACAAUGCAUUCUGGGUGUCAUGUAAACAUCUGUCAGACCAAAGAUGUUAGAAUGAAGAGGUCAAAAGGGGGGUUAACCUUUUCACACGUACCAACAAACGGGUGUGAUCAUUCUACAGUGGUCCCUGCAGCGUACACUCAAACCGGUGUGAUUAGAAUGCUUAUUGCAAUGUAACAGUAUAGCUUCCGUCCCUCUCCUCGCCUCAAACCAGGGACCCUCUGCACACAUAGACAACAGUCACCCUCGAAGCAUCGUUACCCAUUGCUCCACAAAAGCCGUGGCCCUUGCAGAGCAAGGGAAACAACUACUUUAAGGUCUCAGAGCAAGUGACAUCACCGAUUGAAACGCUAUUAGCGCGCACCCCGUUAAACUAGCUAGCCAUUACACACUAGGACAAAUGUAGCCUACAUUUUCCGGUUUGGAUGAGAAUUGUGUUAUGCUGUUGCUACUUCUGUGAAUGUCUGAACAUUGAUUCCAAAAAUAAACUGGUCACAUUCAGGACAUAAGGACUGUGUUUGUGCAAAAUGUUUGAAAAAUUUGUGUGGCCAGCUCAAAUGCUGUCAAUCAAAACUGGAUGUUCUAAAUAAGCAUUCUAAUCACACCUGUUUGAGUAUAUGCUGCAGGGAGCACUGUAGAAUGAUCACACCCUUUUGUUGGUAGUGUGAAAAGGUUAACUAUUUUAGCUAACCCUAACAGCAACCCUUAAACCUAACCUUACCCCUAGCCUAGCUAACGUUAGCCACCUAGUUAGAAUUCGUAACAUAUCAUACGUUUGGCAAAUCUGUAACAUAUUGUAUAUUUUGAAAAUUCGUAACAUAUAAUACAAAUUGUCAUUUGUAACAUAACAUACGAAAUGAGUGAUGGACAUCCACAAAUUAAUAUAUACCAUAUGAAAAGUAACAUAUCAUACUCAAACCUGUCUCGAAUUUACAUACAGAAUAAUACGAAAUGUACUGAGACCAGGUUGCAACACAACACGUUGCAUUGGUUAUUAACAUCGUUUUUUUCUAUAUGUUAGCUAAUUGGCCUUUCAUGGUGACGUCCAGAUUCCAGAUGGUGUCCAAUACUAUUCUCGCUCCCCUCGCCCAUCGACUUUUAACUAAGCCAUGCUGUUGUUGUUGAUAGCUAGCCAGCAUAAACUAGCUAGCUAGGAAGGGCUCAUCAGGACUACUGACUGAACCCAUUCGUCUCCAAUCGACUCUCAGCUGCGCGACAACUUCGUCAAUUUGGGCAGGCGAGUCUGUGUAGCCUCGGCUCUCUUCCAAAUUCUAUUGUGGCUAGCUUCACAUAGGUUCUAGUUUCUGUUCGCCAAAUUAGAAAAACAGGUCCCAUGCUUCAGUUAUUUGACCAUGUCAAGCAAAAAAAUAAGAAAUCAGAGAAUAACAAUAGAUUAUUUGAACACUGGGAUAUGUUGUUUAUCCCCGAAUGGAAAAAAACAGUGGUGAUGCGAUAGUAGCCGACUAGUAUAGCGCAACUGAAUGAAAAACACUCAUCAUAAAAAAAAAUUUAAACACUCAUCUUCCACUUGCCCAUACAUGACUUGCGUAAACUCAUCCAUGGAAUCAGGAAGUAAUAAUUGGCAGCGGUUCACUCAUGAGAAACUUAUAUUUACCGAGGCUCUGGAAGCUUCUGUUUUGUAUCGGCAAAUAACUAGACUAUAGGCUAUUAGACAAGAGUUACGCACUGGAAAAUACAAUAUCCGUGUACCGGAAACUAUCUUUUGGUUUAAAUAUUUUUAGUGUGCCAUUUUAAACUCGUAAAGUACCCGGAAGACUUGAAUUUGACACCUUAGGUAGGGUGAGUAGGAUGGAUGUUCCUCACCUGACAGAAGAUGAAAUGGCCGAUAUAAAAAAGGAAAUAUUAGAAGAAUAAACCUUUUUGUUGCACCAUAUCCCUGGAUCUCAUUGAAUGUUUUGGCCAUUUGGAGUGUGGACUGUAUGCGUACGAAACAACCCCUCUUCAGGCUAGGGCAGUGGCUAUGGUCCUGACGAGGCUGCGGCCGUACCUUUGUGAAAAGAUCCGGGCUGACCGUCAUUUUGACUACCUGCGCUCGCGGAAGAUCCUGACGCGAGACGACACAGAGGAGAUCAGCUGCAGGAUCACGCAGACCAAGAAAACGGGCUUGCUCCUGGACUACCUGGCUGAGAACCCUCGGGGGCUGGAUGCCCUGAUCGAGUCCAUCCAACAAGGACGUACGCUCAACUUCCUGAUUAACAAGAUCACUGAUGAAGUGCAGAAGGUGAAGAACGAGAAGAUAGAAUCUCUCAGAGCAGGGGCAUCCAGUUCCACCUCGGGCUUCCUGCCAACUCAGGACACAUCCGGGGUCAAUAAAGACCUCUCCAAGACACUGUCAUAUGAGUCCAACCUGGCAUCCACCAUGUUAUACAACGGAGAAGGGAGCCCAUCCACCUCUGACGCCCUAAGGUUCCUCAACCGGCCUGCUGCCUCCAGCCAUGGGAAGGACGUGUUGUCAUCCAUGCGAGGGGGUAGCAUGGCUGUGUCUUCAUCCGAGGUCUCUUCCACACUGCCCAGGCCUGGAGACCCAGGGGCUCCCCCCCUGCCGCAGGAAGUGCUGCUACUGCCAGAGGCCUCAUCUAACAUGGACGCUGGACCACACAGGAGCACGGCGAUCAGCGGAGGGGAUGUCAACUUCCAGCCCCUGAGGUCACGCUCCACACCCACUUUCAUGUCAUACAGGGACCCUUCACCUCAGCCCCCACCAAAAUCUUAAUGAGACGGGGGUCUGCCCUGGACUACUUCCCAGCAUUACUCAUAACAAACAUUCACUCUUCAAAUGUGUUGUUCGUAUCAGUGUAUGUGUUUUAUCAAUGGUUUUAGAUGAGUGUUACUUUAAAAUAUGUUCCAUGCCUUACAUUAUACACUGGGUCAACCCGAAAGCUGGACAAAACUGUUUUGGGUUCAAUAUGAAAUAAGUAACUGCUUACUAAUGAUGCCUCAAUCAUAAGCUGUACCCUCAUGAAUUUUACUCUGCUUCUAUCAAGUCCUCAUUCGUAAAAUGCCCCUUCCUUACGCAUAGAGAGUUUGGUUGAGACAUACAGUGCCUUCAGAAAGUAUUCAUACCCCUUGACUUAUUGUGGUACAGCCUGAAUUCAAAAUAUAUUAAAUCAAAGAAAAAUCUUGCCUGUUUACACACAAUACCCCACAAUGACAGUUUUUGCAAAUUUAUUGAAAAUUAAAUAUAGAAAUAUUCUAUUUACAUAAUUAUUCACACCCCCGAGUCAAUACUUUAUAGAAGCACCUUUGGCAGUGAUUACAGCUGUGAGUCUUUCUGGGUAAGUCUCUAAGAGCUUUCCACACUUGGAUUGUGCAACAUUUGGCCAUUAUUGUUUUCAGAAUUCUUUGAUCUCUGUCAAAUUUGUUGUUGAUCAUUGCUAGACUUACCCUUUUCAAGUUUUGCCCUAGAUUUGCAAGUAGAUUUCAGUCUAAACUGUAACUCUGUAACUUUCACUGUCUUCUUGGUAACCAGGUUUAACUAUAGGAUUUGCCUGUGCUUAGCUCCAUUCUGUUUAUUGUCCUUAACGAAUAACGAGUCCUUAACAAUUACAAGCAUACCCAUAACAUGCAGCCAAAAAGUGAAUUGCUUUGCCACAUUUUUCUGUGCCUUGUUGCAAACAGGAUGCAUGUUUUGGAAUUGAUGUAUUCUGUCAAUUAUAUUAAUAUUGUGGAGUAACUACAAUGUUGAUCCAUCCCCAGUUUUCUCCUAUCACAGUCAUUAAACUCAUGGUGAAACCCCUGAGCAGUUUCUUUCCUCUCCGGCAACUGAGUUAGGAAGGAUGCCUGUAUCUUUGUAGUGACUGGGUGUAUUGAUAUACCAUACAAAGUGUAAUUAUGCUCAGAGUGAUAUUCAAUGUCGGCUUUUUUCCCCCCAUCUGUCAGUAGGUGUCCUUCUUUGCGAGGCAUUGGAAAACCUCCCUGCUCUUUGUGGUUUAAAUUUUUUACAUUUCAGUAGAUGCUCUUAGCCAUAGCGACUUACAGUAUUUUGUGCUUACAUUGGGUUUUUUUUUGGGGGGGGGGGGGGGUCAUACUGGUCCCUUAUGGGAAUCGAACCCCACAACCUCAACUGAGGGACCUUACAGAAAAUUGUAUGUGUUUGGUACAGUCAUUCAAGUCAUGAGGUAGUCAUUCAAAAAUCAUGUUAAGCACUAUUACUUCACACAGAGUCCAUGCAACUUAUUAUGCUAUUUUUACUCCUGAAUUUAUUUAGGCGUGCCAUAAUAAAGGGGUUGGAUACUUAUUGACUCAAGACAUUUCAUCUUUUCAUUUUUAAUACAUUUGUAAACAUUUCGAAAACACUGACAUUAUGGGGUAUUGUGUGUAUGCCAAUGACAGAAGAAAUCCCAUUUUAAUCCAUUUUAAAUGCAGGCUGUAUCAAAACAAAAUGUGUAAAAAGUAAAGUGGUGUGAAUAGUUUCUGAAGGCACUAGGUUCACUUUAUUCUGGACUUGGACUAAGGUCGAAGUAUGUCGUCAUUCUCCAACACUGCUCCUUUCCUAUGAAUUAUGGGUGCGUGAGUUCAUGAUUAACUGUCAUGAUAUAUCUAUGCUAGCAUCAACAUGCCACACCAUGCCAGCUACAGUAGGGAUUUGUCCUUGUAAGGAUCCCAGAUCAUCAGAAGACAACUUUUCUGUAUUUACACAAAACACUGGAAUAAGUUGUUCAUCGUAUGCAUUUAGGCACACAAACUGUAGUUACAAAAUGUGGUAGGCCUACAUUGAAAUGGUUUGUUUUUACUUAUAUUAUUAAAGAUACAUUUUCUUAUUGUGAUAGGG